AAUAAGUGUUUAAGUGUUAAAAGCUAGAUGGCCUGAACCCUCUGGUCUUUUAUUAAUGAAUUAAAACCCUUUAAACAAAUUUAAUAAAACUUUAUUGAGCCAAAAAAUACAGAUACAGACAAAUACAACCAAAACACAGCAAUGACCAUAAAAUGUGAUGUAAAUAGGAAAUUACAAGUCAAAUUGUAAAGAACACGAAAAGACAUUUACUCAUCGAGAGAAGUACAAAGUUAUACAGUAUGGUACACUUUGAAAGUAUGAAUAUUUCUAGGAGUGUUCUAUGAAAAUUCAGUUGUAAAAUAUUGGGACAAAUUAUAAAUCUCACUCUAAUGUUAAUAAAAUUUGGUUGGAAAAUUGCCAGUAUUAUGUUUUAUCAAAACUAAAAGGUGUAAACUACAUCACGUAAAACUUCACGCGGGAAAAGAUGACGCAACAACAUUGGAUAAUUUUCCCAUCAGCAAGCUUUUACAACUGCGCCUAACUUAACCUAAAUAACUCAAACGUGUUUUAAAACCAGACAAAACUAAGUUGUUAGAGUCUAAGUCUACUACUUUAUAGCAAACUUAUUAGCGUGUACACGUUAAGAUAUAUUAACGCUAAUUCGUUCGCUAGCAUUUGCGGUUAGCUACUAGCAAGUUCAGUAGAAGAAAAUGACGUCCGGGAAAGUCUGUAUGAGAAACAAAGAGAAAACGUCAGAGUGGCCAGGGUUGUUUCUGAAUGACCUAAAAACCAAGAAGGAGUCUCUGAUCUUUGUCAAGAGGAUGAUGGCUGUGGCUGUGUCCUCCAUCACCUACCUUAGAGGGAUUUUCCCUGAGUAUGCCUACAGAUCCAGAUAUCUAGCAGAUAUGUGCAUCAAAGUCUUGCAUGAAAACGGCAACACCCCGGGCGCAAGUAAAGUUGUGAAAUGGCUGAUGGGAUCCUUUGAUGCAUUGGAGAAACAGUAUCUGCAGGUUAUAUCCAUUGGGGUCUACACCGAUCCUGAAAAUCCUAAUUGCAUCAUUGAGGCGUACCAGUUUAACUUCAGAUACACUGAAAAGGGACCCGAGAUGAACAUUCUCAGGAACAAAAACGUGGAAAUGCAAGUGACGCUGGAAAACACCAAGCAAGCCUCGGUGCUGCUCAUCAGGAAGCUCUUCCUGCUCAUGCAGAACUUGGAUGCCCUUCCCAACAAAGUCUACCUCACCAUGAAGCUCUACUACUACGAUGACAUCACUCCUGCAGACUACCAACCUCCAGGCUUCAAGGAGGGGGUGUACGAUCACCUGUGGUUUGAGGGAAUGCCUGUGCACUUCAAAGUGGGUGAGGUGCACACAUCUUAUCACGCCUUGAGAGUCCAAGUGUCUGUGGAGCAAAGCCAGGUGGAGAAACUUCAGAGAAGAGAUUCCCUGAAGGAGAGCGGGCCACUUUCUGUGGAUGAGGAAAAGAAGGUUCCUUCAAAGAAAAUGGACACUGAGGGGGAUUUCCCUUCUGAGGAUGAGUCUGCACAGUUCAAGAAACCUGCAAGACCUCUUCAAAAGAGAAGGGCAGCAACCAAAACUCUGGUGACCAAGAAACGAAGAGUUUAGACAACCAGACGAGUUUCAUUUAGUGUUUUAUUGUGAUCCAUACAAACAGUUCAAGUUAGGUUUGUAGCAAAAAAAAAAAAAAA